UGGUUCUGAGGAUAGUAAAAAAGAUAUCAUAAAAGAAGUAAACGAAGUUGAGGCAGCUAUUAGAGUAGGGAAUAAGGAUAUUGAGGGCAUUAAGAAAGAGAAAUUUGCUGUGAGUAUUUUAGUUGGGGUAACAAAAUAUAGAAUUCAACCUUCGGCAUAUAAAGUGGCCAAUUUGUCACAAGAAAAAAUUAUUGUUACAGCUUAUGUUAACAUAUAUAAAGAAAUUCAAAAAAUAAUUACUAUGUUUUUAAGAGAAAAAUAA